CUAUUCUUUUUUAUUUAAUUUGUUUUUGUUGCAAUUUUUUUAACAUAAUUCUACCUAAAAUAUUAUAAAUAUGAGAGGUCUUUCGUUGCAACGCAAAUUAAAAUCCCUAUUUUAUGUCACUCUGACUGGAACAGGGGCUUACGCUUUCAUCAGUGUGUACAAAAACGACGAAAAAUUUUACAAAAACGUGCUGAUGCCUGCUGUGCAUGUACUGGAACCGGAGGACUCGCACAAGUUGGGUAUAAUUAUUAGCAAGUACCGGCUCAUCCCUAGACCCAAUUAUACGGAUCCGGAGGCACUGAAAACCACUCUCUUUGGCAAAGUAUUUCCAAACCCGAUUGGGAUUGCAGCCGGUUUUGACAAACACGCGGAGGCAGUUUUGGGGUUGAGGGACAUCGGUUUUGGCUUCAUUGAAGUGGGGUCGGUCACCCCAAAGCCCCAACCCGGCAACUCCAAACCUCGAGUAUUUCGCCUUCCUGAAGAUCAGGCCGUAAUCAACCGAUAUGGCUUUAACAGUGAAGGCCAUCAAGUUGUUUACGAAAGACUAAACCACAUUAAGAUUAAUGAGAGCUGUGAUAGAAUAGUUGGGGUUAAUUUGGGGAAAAACAAGACUUCGGAGGACCCCGUUGGUGACUACGUCGUGGGUAUUAAAAAAUUGGGGCCUGUGGCGGAUUACCUCGUCAUCAAUGUGAGUAGUCCGAACACGCCUGGAUUGCGCGCUAUGCAAAGCAAAGACGUUUUGAAAAAACUUUUGAAAAGUGCGGUGGAAACAAGGGAUAGUUUGCCCCAGGAUUCCAAGCCACCGUUGUUGUUGAAAUUGGCGCCGGAUUUGAGUAGUGAGGAGCUGCGGGAUGUGGUGGACGUUAUAAAACGGAAGGACACGAAAGUGGAUGGGUUGAUUAUUUGUAAUACGACUGUGGGGAGACCGGAGUUUUUGGUCAAUAGUAGGGUGAGGGAUGAAGUUGGGGGGCUGAGUGGCAAGCCGUUGAAGGGUUCUUCCACUAGGAUGAUCCAGGAUGUUUAUAGGUUAACCAAAGGAAAAAUUCCAAUUAUAGGUGUUGGGGGUGUUUUCACUGGAGAAGACGCCUACGAAAAAAUCAAGGCUGGGGCUAGUCUUGUGCAAAUAUACACGAGUCUGGUGUACGAAGGGCCGCCGAUUGUUACGAAAAUUAAGAAAGAAUUAACGCAACUAUUAGCAGCUGAUGGAUACAGAAACAUUUCUGAGGCAGUUGGGGCUGAUUUAAAAUAAUUUUGUACAAUUUUUGUUACAUUGUUUAAGGUUAUGUUUUUUCUAUAAACGAAUUUGAUUUUUGA